AAGGGAUAAAAGAAAAUGCUCGCGAACACCAAAAUGUUGAAGCUCCUUGGCAGAUUCCCAUAUUCACUCCUCAAGCAAAGCCCUUAUCGGGCCUUGGGGGUUUCGUCGUACUCCACCCGAACCCAGCCCGGCUCGCCGGACACUCUGUAUCGGCGUCUCCAGAUAUGCCAGGAACAAAGGGGUCCGCUUACUCCGAUUCUCGACAAAUGGGUCGUCGAGGGCCGGCCGGUGGAUUACAGCGAGCUCAAGAGAUUCAUCAAAACUUGCAGAAAAAUCCGCCGCUUCAAGCCCGCCCUCGAGCUCUCCGAAUGGUUGAUCGAGAUGAAAUACUCCGAUUCCAGACCAGGCCUCGCCGGGCUCCACCUAGACCUCAUCUCCAAGGUCCAUGGGCUGGCCCAAGCCCAACAAUAUUUCGACACACUCAACCCAACCCAACUCGUUCCCUCAAUCCACGGCGCCCUCCUUCACUGCUACGCGGAUGCCAACGACAUCAGCAAAGCCGAGGCCAUCUUUACCCAAAUCCAAACCCUCCACUCCCCUUCAAACCUCGACUACAACUCGAUGCUCAGCCUCUACUCCCGAACAGGAAACCACAAAAAGCUCGACUCGUUAGCUCGUGAAAUGGAGGACAAAGGCAUCGAGCUUGACGAGUUCACUUACAACAUCCGUCUCAACUCUCACGCCACGAAUUCCGAAUUGCGAAAGAUGGAAAGCUUGCUGAUGAAAAUGGAGCUCGACCCUCACGUGACCGUGAACUGCCACGCGUACAUAACGGCCGCGAAAGGGUACAUCAAGGCCGGCCUCCCGGAGAAGGCCCUGAAAGCGCUCGGGAAAGCCGAGCACUCGGUUAGAAGUAAGGAGAGGCAAACGGCUUACGGCGUGUUGAUAACUGUUUACGCGGCUAUGGGGGAACGGGAGCACGUUUAUCGAGUGUGGGCCCGUUUGAAAAGGGACGAGCGGAUAACAUAUUACAGAGGGUACGGGUGCAUGAUAGCCUCGCUGGAGAAGCUCGGGGAUUUCGAGGGGUUGGGAAGAAUUUUCGAGCAGUGGGUGGUGGAGAAGAAGGACGAUGAUGGAGAAAGGUGGUACCUUGAUAUGCGGGUCCCGAACGCGGUUAUACGGGCUUACUGCAGGAAAGGUAUGGUGAAGGAGGCUGAGGGUGUGUUGGGCCGGGCUUUGGGGGAAGGUGCGGAAGCGAGUGCGAGCACGUGGAGCCACAUGGCGCACGGGUAUUGGAGGAGUGGGGAGAUGGAGAGGGCGGUGGAGAUGACUAAACGGGCGGCCCGUUCGAGUUUUGCAGAGUGGAGGCCCGAUUUCGAGACGGUUGGGGCUUGCGUGGAGUAUUUGAGGGAGAAGGGGGAUUUGGGUGGGGUUCGGGAGAUUUUGAUGCUUUUCGAGAAGUGGGGAAAGUUUUCGGAAGGUUUGAAGGAGAGGGCUGAUCAGGGAGAUGAGGAGAUGGAAGCUGAGGAACUUGAAGCUGGAGCAAGUUGAGUUUUUUUCUUGAUUACAUAUGGAGAUUGUGGUAAUAAUAAAGUGUACAAAGAGAAAAAUGUUGAGCAUGUCCUCCUCUUCUUCUUCUUCUUCUUCCUUUGACUUGGGUCUUCUUCUUCCUUUGAAUUGGUCCGUGGUUAGCUAGAACUUGGCUACAAUUUAGCUUGAGCUAUAAAUAUUUAGAUAAAUUAAGUUUAUACUCGAGCAACUCGUUAAACACUCGAGUUUUAAACCAAAGGCUUGAGUUUGGUGUGCACCGGUCAACUCGGACUGAGUCAAAUUCGAGUUUGUAGAAAAGAGUAAGCUUGGAUCGUGUAGCAAGCUUGGAUAGAGUACAGUGCCAUGCAGCUUUGUUUUUAGGUAGCAGUUAUAACUGCUCGUCUUUCCUUUGUUUUCAUUAAACGUGUUUGCGUUUCUUUUCUGUGUGUUGCAUUUUUAGUAAAUGAGACGCGUCGUUUGGCAUGGUUUAUGUUAGUAUGAACACGAUGUCGUUUCGUCUUGACUGCAUGUAAAUAAAAGGCCCGAAGCCUGUACUUGCUAUUCAUGUUGAGCUCUAGAUUUAAUAGAGUUUGAAAUGUUGGAGCUCGACUUCGUACUCAGCAACUUCUUUAAAUAAAC